AUGCUUCACCACAAGCAUCCACACUUUAAAAUCAACAAAAUACAAAAAAAAAUUGUCUCAAAGAGCUCAAGCACCAUUAUUAGCCUCAUCAUCAUCUUCCUCAUCUUCAGCCUCGCUGAGGCUGACAUCUUCCUCUCACCUUCACCAGCUAACGGCUUCGGUACAUGUCCUAGAGACCCGUUACAAAUUGGUGUGUGCGCCAAUGUCCUUCGCCUAGCCAAUAUUAUUGCUGGCGACACCAGAGCACAGCCGUGUUGCACUGCUAUCAGUGGCCUUCCGAACAUCCAAGUAGCCGACUGCCUCUGCUUUGUCUUCAGGCCACUUCCUUUGGUUUACGCGAUCGAUCAGGCGGUUAGAACAAUAUUUUUCGCUUGUAAUAUGGUUUUUCCUAUCGGCUUUCAGUGUCCACCACCAACAAGAUCGAGGCCUUAA